AUGAAUUUGACGGAAAUUCUUGUUAAAGGUCAGAAAGCCACGCUCGAAGGCGGUGCAGUCGGCUUCACUCCAGGCCUCAAUGUAGCCCGGAAGCUCUGUGGAAGAGGAAGCGAAGAGAGUGUGGUAACGAGUGGAUACGAGCACUACGAAAUCAACAACUCGCUAAAAGCCCAGACACAACGCGGGAUGAUGAUCUCGGCAGCGAAGUCGUCCGUCACUGUUUUCACACUGGACCCGAAGAAAUUAAAUCGCCGCCCGGCGAACAUCGUCAACGGUGCGUGUUUACCCAAGCUCCUUGGCGUCCGUUCCGAUCCGCUCUUCACGGUCGCGGACCAUGCCAGGGAGGUCGUAGGCAAAGUGAGCCCCUGCACCAAGGUCCUCAAGGCUCUGGCGGGAAAAUCCUGGGGCUAG